AUGGAAGACCCAUCUCAAACCAUCCUCAAUCAAGUAGAGUUCUACUUUGCAGACACAAACCUCCCUUUCGAUAAGUUUUUGUGGUCGCUCACUAAGAAGAACGAUGAGGGCUGGGUACCUAUAUCGACAAUUGCAUCAUUCAAGCGCAUGAGAGAGCCUGUAGAGAAGGCUGGCGGUGCUGACAAAGUCGCUGAUAUUCUCCGUCAAUCCUCAAAGCUGGCUGUGAGCGAAGACGGCGGUAAUGUUAAGCGUGUUACAGAGUUGAAGCCAGUCACAGACCGUGAAUCUAGAUCCAUCUACGCUAAAGGUUUCCCAGAUGAAACUCAAUCCACUCAACUUGACCUUGAGAACUUCUUUGCAAAAUUCGGUAAAACACUCGCAGUGAGAAUGAGAAGAGAUGAAAAGAAGGCUUUCAAGAACUCUGUCUUUGUGGAAUUUGAAUCUGUAGACGACGCAAAGAAGUUCCUCGAACUUCCACAAGAAGAGCGCAGGUACAACGAUAGCGACCUACUCACAAUGGCAAAGGAUGCAUACGUUGAAAUGAAAUGCAAGGAGAAGGGCAUUACUCCUGGAUCUGGCAACAAAAAGUCAAAGGGUCACUUCAACGCCUUCAAAGAGGAGAACAAGAAGAACAAGGAUAGUGAGAAGGCUGCACAGCCACUCACUAUGACUCUGAUGGGUAAAGAUAUCGAGGUGAAUAAAGAGAAUGGUCAGUUUGAUGAGUCUGCUCUCCAAUUCACCCCUGGUUCCGUAUUGAAGUGGUCUGCUCCUUCUUCUCUGGGUGAUAUGGUCUUCCGCGAUCUGAAAUCUAGCAUGAAGCAGCACAUUGAACCAUCCUUCGUCAUCGUCGACGACGCCAAAACAAACGGCAUGUCGGGAUACAAGAGACCAGUUGAGGAUGGCGAUAUCAGCACCCUCAAUAAUAACGUUAAGGUUAAUGACGUCGCUGUAUCCUUCACCAGACCUUCUCAGGAGGAGGAGAAGCAAUACUACCUUGAGAACGCAAAGAACAUGGCACAGGCUGUGCUCACCAGACACAACGAGGCGGGCAAGAAACGCAAGGGCGGUGGUCAGAAUUUCGGCAACAAGAAGCAGAGGAGGAAUUGA